AUGAAGCUCGGCACACUCGCCGUACUCUUGUCCUCCUUCGCCCUCCUCGAAGCCCCAGCCGCCGCCUCGGGCACUGGAAAAUAUCACUAUGGUCCGGACCAGAACGUCAGGCUCAAGGACAUUCCCGCAUGCGUCGUAACAUGCAUGAAAGAACUCGAGUGGCGCUUGAAGGAGAAGAAGAUCCCCAUAUACAUCAUCCAUUGGUGCGACAACACGUCCCCGCCUCACCGCCCCGACUGGGCCAUUUUUGGCCAAAAGAUGGAUGAGUGCAAGGUGGUCCAGUGCAACAACAUUCGGUACUGGUACGACUUCGCGGAGUGGCACUGGAAGAACUGCCACUGGCACGAUCAUUACAAGGCCAGCUUGGCUUGGGUCAACGAUUAUCGCGUAAGCGCGUGGUGGCCAAACGACGAAGGCCGCCCGAGGCCGCCCAGUCAUGAGAGUUGGAUCUCGGAGAACAGAACAGCGGAUGCCCCCCCGCGGUGA